CUAUUGGUUUGAAACCAGAAAUAACCAAACACGAGAAAAAAAAAAGUUAUAAGCAAUAACCGGAGAUAACCGAAAGCUAGAGAGGGAGGGAGAGUGACAUCGAUUCGAUACAAUGGCGGACAUAGCGAUUUUGGUGGCGGAGGAGUAUGAGCGGAGGGUUAGACAGACGGCGGAUUCGAAACCGGCGUCGUUGGAAUUUGAUUGGUGGAAGAACGUUCCGGCGAAGUUGACUAUAGGAGUCAACGAGGAGAAGAUAGAGAGUCUGAUGAAGAAGUUUGAAGCUAAAUCUCAGUUCGCUCUCGCCAUAUCACAUGGCUUCUUCUCUGCUUGAUUCCACUUUGUUCAUCAUAUCUAAUUUCCUUUCUGUUUUUAUUUUUAUGUAUUUAUGAGUCUAUGUAAAUAAGUAAAUAUCCGAAUUAAUCAAAUGUAAUUUUCUGUUUAUUUAAUCGAACUUUGGAUA